GCAGUUAAGCCGGAUUGUAAUUACCAAGUUCAGUUUCUAUGAAAGUUAUACUGCGGAAGGUUCUUAAACAACCUGAAGUCUCGACUAAAGGUCUUCAGACCCUCUCAAUCUGAGUCUCUAGCGGGCGACUAACCUACACCGGAGUAAACAGAUUGAGGCCUUAACGAACAAAACCUCCACUACCGGAGUAAAUCCAGUACAGAAUAGUGAGUUGGCUCCUCGACUAAAGUCACCAACUCCCUACCUUCAAUCAAGGAUGCUCUAUCAACCUAGGCAGAUAUUCUCAUUCUAGGUCAAAGCAGAAACAACAGGAAUUUGAUCAGGAUUCAAGUCAUUCAAUCAUUCAAACCUCAAACGAAUAUAAUCAAAUCAUAGAAUCAGUACUUGGGUUCAUACAAUCAAACCUAACAUACAAAUCUAGGGUUCUCCAUACCCAGAUGAAUGGGAGAACUACUCCAUGGAGAAAGAAGCAAAAGCAGAAUCAGACGCGGAAUUCAUACUGUGAAGGAUGGAUUCUUGCUCCUGGAUGUUGAUCGGCACUUCUCCAAGCUCAAACUGGCCUCCAAUGGUGUUGAAGAUCAAUCUAGGGCACUUGGAGACUCUUGUUCGUCGCUUUCUCUCUCUAGGAAUCGUUCUAUCUCUCAAAAACUCGAAUCCCUUGAUUUUCAGCCCUCUUUUCCCUUAAAACAGCAGCCUGUCGCUAUACCCGGUCGAAAUACCUGGUCGGGUAUUUUGGGUCUCGACCGGGUAUUAUCAAAACGCACGUUUCAUGCCAGGGGAAAAUCCCCGGUCUGCUCCAAUAAUCCCCGGUCGGGGAUUUAAGCUCCACGACCGGGGCCCCCUCUGUUUCUCAGACGCCAAAAAGGGAAUUCCCCGGUCUCCUCAGAAUAAUACCCGGCCGGGUAUUUGUGGUUAUGGCCGGGUAUUUUCUUCCUUCAGCCCGCUUCAAGCCUCACUUGCUCCUUUCGACCCGAAUCUCGUUCCUUCGCCGCGAUUCCAACGCCGGGUCCUGAAAUAUGACAUAAACACUCAACCUCGCGUGAAAUCAGCUUAAAACCCGAGAAUCAACCUCUCAAACGGCUCAAGAAUAGGGGUGAAAAUACGUGUAAUUAUCGGUCUAUCAACGUCGUCAAGAGGAUUGGAUUGACAACUCAAAAACAUCCCCAACCUUACCAACUCAGUUGGAUCAACGGACAUGGAAUGAUCAAUAUGACGAAACAAGUGUUAGUUCGUUUUAAUCUUGGACAGUACGAGGAUGAGGUGUUGUGUGACGUUGCACCAAUGCACACAGCUCACGUAUUGCUUGGCCGUCCCUGGCAAUUCGAUCGAAAGGUUACCCAUGAAGGAUGGAUGAAUUGUUACAAGUUUCGGCACCAAGGUAAGAAUUUUAUGUUGAAACCUCUUUCCCCGAAUGAAGUAUACGAAGAUCAAAAGCAAUUGGAAUCAAAUCGAGUGUCGGGAAAAGAAUCUAGAGCUCAAUUGUGGGUUCAAAGGAUUGUUGGGUUCAAUUUUAUGAUCUUCAGGAAGCCUCAGAAUGAAGAUUUCUUACCUGUAACCCCUGCCCAUAACGUACCCUGUUCUGUUCCCGCAAAACAGAGCUCCGUGCCAUAUUUCCUUGACGAGGAAGAAGAAGGACAGUGGAAACCCGGGAUCACCACAGAAGCCUUCCAAGAGGAUAGCGGAACGACGAAGAGUGAAGAGAAAGCUCCAGAGUGGGCUGUCAUUGAUCGAACGCCUCCAACUACAAGCAUUCCAGAACUCUGUUCGCCGGUAACAAUGUAGCAGAGUAAGAGAGAUGGAGACAAUGGGGUGGAACACUGGAAGGAGAUCCAAACUCAACCACUACUCCGGACACGAUCGAUUCUAUAUCGAGAAGCUCAUCCACAGGCCUAUUGGAGUCGACUACACCUAAUUUGCCGCAUCGAGAUCGAGCUCAAACAACCCUGCAAACGCUCAAACACGAGCAAACUGCGAGCGAAUGGGUUGGAAGGAUCGGGCCUGAUUCGAGCAAAAUUUCCAAUUCAGAAUCGUUCCAUAAUGUCCAUGGAAAGUAUGGAAGUCGUCAAUUUUAUCCGAAAUCAUUCCAAUCAACAAUGCCCAAUUCCGAAUUUUUUUGCCGAAAGUUUGGAGAAGACAAGGAAGAAUCGAUUGGAGAGAUUGGACGCGAAACGAGCGAAAACGAGACUAUGGGCAAGUUCGGGCAGGUUCAAGGAAGCUAUACGAGUCGUCAAUUGGAAGCAAAGUGGCCAGAUACUCAAACGCCCAAUUUUUAUUUUGCUUCGCCGGAAUCUGGGUUUUGCUCGCCAGAUUCUGGGAAAUUCGAAUUUCAGGUGGCGGGAAAGUCGAUGCUAAUGAUUGGUGACGCGUUAGAGAGCAUCGAAGCAUGGGAAUGGUUUUAAACGAAUCAUGGGAGCCAGGCGAAUCGAUUGGAAGUGAAGAAUUAAAUAGUGGGGUCUAGAAGAGAAACACCCAAUUUUGGAGCCCUCGCCGGAGUUUGAAGAACCGACGGAUUCUGCAAAUUUUUGGCUGGAAACUGGAAAAUUUGAGCGACGAGUUUUGCGUUUGUUUGAGCAUACUUUUUGCGUGGAAAAGUUCCAUUGGAGUCCCACGAACAUCAUGGAACUUAAAUUGUAGGAAAUAGCAACCAAUUCGCAAGUUAACUAAGUGUUGAAGUUCAACAUUGCAAGUUCGUGGUACCUAUUUCGUGACUCGAUUUGGGAGGAAUUCUGUGAAGUUUUUGACAGGAAGCAGCUUCAAGUUUUUAGGUCAAAGCUUUUUGAAGAGGGGGAGACUGAUAUGAUCCCAAUUGGAUCAAUACACAAUUCACAAUUACUUGUCAAAGAAGCCAUCUCAACUUACAUGAAGAAUUCUUAUUUUUGGCUAAGUGUUGAAACAGUUUCAGGUAGCCUAUUUUGGAAGCUUGUAUCUCAUAAAUGGCUCAAUAAAAUUAGGAGAUCAGGGCCUUGUUUUGAAAAUAAAUUUGUCAUCUUUCCAAUGGUAUGCUUUGUGGAUCCAGAAGAUGUCUGGAAGGUCAUUUUCAAAGCCCAACAAAAGGCUACCUCAAAACAGGAAAACUGCCUAAGUUUGGCUAAGGCAAAAACCUAUUUUGGGAUACCAACUUUGAAGGCCUAUAUCUGGAUUUUGGAGCAUGAUAUCAGGCUGGUUCAAGUUCGAGGUGAAAGAAGGAGUUUUCUUAUACAAUGUCAAGGAACUGGUGGAGUUCGAAUCAACGUAUAAGACCAUUUUCGAAGGGCUCAAAGAUGCUAUGAAGCCUGUUUUUCUAGGCAGACUUGCUUGUGUUUUAAGUCAGUUUCUUGACUUGCAACUUACCUUGUUUUACACGAAUUCAAUCGAUUGAAUAUUCUCUUCAAUCGUGGUCGAGCAGCUACCCUUUUUUACCAUACGCGCUUUGUAUCGAUUGAAUAUUCUCUUCAAUCGUGGUCGAGCAGCUACCCUUUUAUACCAUACGAGCUUUCGCCAGGUAUGGAAUUGUCCGCUGGUUUUGUUUUAUCCCAAUUUCUUAUUAAGAACGCGUUGUUCUUAAUUCGAGUUCAAUCAAUCUACAGAUUGAUUGAUUGCUGCGUGACUUUGGUAAAAAUACACCCCCAGGGUCGUAUUACUUCAAAAUCAACCUUCUUGACUCCCCUUGAGCCACCAAGCAAUUAUCGUUGUAGAAGAAAUCCAUAGCUUCAAAACAAGCUAUUACACACUCCGUUUCAUGGAGCAAAUCUUCUGAUCCAAGCCUUCCAAUAUGGUACCCUGAAACAAAACAAAAAAAGACUUAUCCAUUUUUCAGGGUGGUUGUUGUGUAUUGAGCUAGCUUCUUGAUCACUCCAUGGAAGCUUAAUUUGGUUGUGAUUUGGGAUCAUAUCACCUAGUACGUGAAUGAAGGUUUGGGCACGAGUUCGGGGCCGAUUGGACGAAGUUGGGAGGAUUGGCGAGAAGCUGAGGAAGCCACACGGCCAGGCCAGAUUCUAGACGACCGUGUGACUUGGCCGUGUGGCACUUCUUUAUGCGGACAAGCCAUACUGGCCGUGUAAGUUCCACUUUUGGCCGUGCGCGAUUUCAAGAGAGUUCGCACGAGCAAGCCAUAUUUCUAUACACCCGUGCAAUUCUGGCCGUGUAACGUACCUUCCGUCACUUAAAUCAAACGCCACGUUUUGGAUUCCACAUGGGCAGACUGGGGAUUCCACAUGGCCGUGUGGUCGUGGAAUUCUGGGUUUUAACCCAAUUUCGGGUCUUUGAAGAGGGAGACGAACUUUUAGAGCAAAAACAUAGUCCUAGAGAGAGAAAGUACGAAGAACAAACCCUUGGAGUGAUUUUGGAGUUGGGUUUCAUCAAUCAAGCUUGGAUUUCAUCCUUGGAGAGAAGAUUAUCAUCCCAAAGACGAUUCUUCCCAUCAUUAUGAGUAUGACUGCUUUGUAUUUCUGUUUUCCUCUCUAUCUCUUUCUCUCUCUCUAUGGAGUAGAACCCUCUCUCACUUGGGUAUAAAGAACCCUAAUUCCAUGUGUUAGGGAUUAAUGUUGUAAUGACUUUUGGAUGCUAUACUGUGUGAUUAUAAUUGAUUGAUGCAUGAUUCAUUGAGUCAAUUGAAGCCUGAUCAACUUUUCUUGAUUUCUGCUACAACCUGAGAUAGAUAGAAUCUGAUUAUGUUGUUAGAGCUUCAUCAAUCGGUAGUAGUGAAUUGGUUAUACGAGAGUUAAUCGAUUCACUGCUUUGUACUGGAUUCCAAUUACAACAGUGGAGUUGUGUGUUUAUUGCCUCAGCGUUCUAUCCCGGUAAAGACUAGUCGUCUACCGGGUAGUCUGUCUGAGAGGGCUUGGUCAGCGUAAGAGAUUCCAAGAUACUGUCGGAUCUUCCAUAGUUUAAUCAAAAGGUUGCAGUAGAUCUAAUUCACGGGUUGAUAAAGUUAACUUGCCACUAUUCUGCAUUUCCUUUCUGCGAUUACACUUGGUCGCAGUUUGGUGUUGUGUCGUAGCAUGUCAGUGAUGCUAAGUGUUGUGAUUAUGAUGAUGAUGAUGGUUGGGUCAUGGGAAGAAGCAAAAGCGGAUGUGUCCUUCCAUGACUGUUGGAUCAAAUGUACUGACGAGUGUAAUGAGGAUGCCACAUGACUCCUCCUCCUCCUCUUCAACAUCAUAAGUCAAUUUCUUCUGCGAAUAGACCUGGAAAUCGGGU